UCCGUGUCGCCGUCGUGGCUUUGGUCGCCAUGGGCGGAGCCCGCGCCGCCGGACGUGGUAACUCUGUCUACUUCUCUGGGUCAGACCCGUGCCCGGUUCUGUGCGACGCGGCUGGUUCUAAUCCAAGCAACUGGACGGUAUACCAUUCCGUCGAGCGAGUAGCAUACUGUUCGAGCCCUCUCGCCCUCUCUUUUGCUAUCUUUAACCCACUGGAUGACCCCAAGACAGCGAAAAGCAUUCGAACCUGCGCUCUCGGCUCGGCUCACGCCAGCAAGGGAAACAACGCAGCGCCUACGUCAAAGCAGGGAACGAGGGACAUCCAUGGCAAGUCCGGAUCUCUUCGUUUUCGAUCAGGCAAUUCUACAGAGGGGGGAGCAUCAAGGGAUCAGCAGGCAUCGAUUCAGGCCGCGUGGAAGAAGUCGUCCCAGACCACGGAUAGCGCCAACGUCAUCUCUCAGGCGCAGCAAUUACAACAAUUCCUCGAUUCGGCGGCAGCUAUCGUCUCAUCGUUGGGGCCCACCAUCAUCUUUUCGUAUUGGCCGGAUAGCUCAACAUCUGUCGGCAUCUACGCCGGCACCGGAGUUCCAACACACCCGUUAAUCACCGAGCUUGACAACUUCAUCCGCUCCCAUGGCUACUCGGGUGAUGGCUUAAUUCAAGCAUGCAGUACUGCAACAUCUGGACCCGCGGCUGGAAUCGUGGUCAGCACUGGCCCGCACGGCAUUAUUACAGCCCAGCGAGCGGUCAGGGACUGGGCCAACUCCAGCUGCGUCUCUACUGGAUACGACGGUUUUCAGCCCCUUUCCACUUCUUUGCAAGUCUCUACUAUUGACUCAGUGCCCCUGACAAGGCGCGCGAUCUGGAGGCGGGAUGCUUGCCGAACAGUCGGUGUUGAGGCCGGCGACCUGUGUGCGGAUCUAGCACGGAAGUGCGGCAUUUCGGUGACCGAUCUCCUGAAGUACAACCCCCAAACCAAUUUCUGCACCACUCUGAAGGUCCCGCAGUUGGUCUGCUGUUCUGGAGGAGACUUACCCAUCCCCAAGCCAGACGCCAACGGAAACUGUGCCACUUACACGGUCCAGAGCGGGGAUAGCUGCUGGGGCAUCACCGAGUCGCUGUCCGGUCUCAUCUCGACAAACGACAUCGAGAGAUACAAUACCGGGACAUGGGGAUGGGGCGGCUGCGGAAAUCUCCAGGCCAACACAGCUAUUUGCGUGAGCUCAGGAAGGCCGCCGUUACCACUGCCGGUCAGCGACGCAGAAUGCGGGCCCCUUAAACCGGGGACAACAGCACCCAGCGCUGGUACCGACCUCGCCUCUGUCAAUCCUUGCCCGCUGAACACAUGCUGUAACGUCUGGGGUCACUGCGGUACGACAGACGAGUUUUGCCGCCCUAUGCCGACCGGACAAGCACCUGGAGCUCCCCAGCCCCUUGGAGGGCCCAACUGCAUCUCGAACUGCGGAACCGACAUUGUGAACAACGACGUCCCCCCAGCAACCUUUUUCAAGGUCGGCUACUUUGAAGGCUAUGGCGUCGCGCGACCGUGUGAUAGGGUCGACGUCCGGACCGUCAACUACGACGGUUACACCCACAUUCACUUCGCUUUCGCCACCGUCACUGCAGAUACGUUUGAAGUGGACAUGGGGCCUACGCUAAACCAGUUUCAUUAUUUCAAGCAGCUCACCAGCGUCAAGAAGAUUCUCUCCUUUGGCGGCUGGACUUUCUCCACCGACCCCGAGACAUAUGGCAUUUUUCGGGCCGGCGUGCAGGGGGAAAACCGAAAUACGAUGGCUAGGAACAUCGCUAAUUUCAUUAUUAGCAACGACCUAGAUGGGGUCGACAUUGACUGGGAGUAUCCUGCCGCUCCAGAUAUCCCAGACAUUCCUUCGGCCGACCCGACCGAGGGUUUAAAUUACUUGAGCUUUCUCAUCGUCCUCAGGGACCUUCUACCCUCCAGCAAGUCCGUGUCAUUUGCGGCACCGGCUGGGUACUGGUAUCUGAAAGGGUUCCCCAUGGAGAGCAUCGCCAGAGUCGUCGACUACGUGAUUUACAUGACCUAUGACCUCCAUGGACAAUGGGACUAUGGCAACAAAUGGGCCGACCCGGGGUGUCCUGCUGGCAAUUGUCUUCGCUCGCAUGUCAACAUGACCGAGACGCUAAACUCUCUAUCCAUGAUCACCAAGGCGGGCGUGCCUUCAAACAAGGUUAUCGUUGGCGUCUCGAGCUAUGGCCGCUCCUUCGAAAUGACGGCGGCUGGCUGCACGGGGCCCAUGUGCACAUACACCGGGCCCGAGUCAGGGGCUACGCCAGGCAAGUGCACGGGAACGGCCGGCUACAUCGCCAACUCGGAGAUCAAAGCCAUCAUCCAGGACAACCCUACCGCGGAGAUGUGGUCAGACGGAGACAGCAUGAGCAACAUUCUGGUCUAUGACUCGACGCAGUGGGUGGGCUAUAUGGACGACGAUAACAAGAAGCAGCGCGCCGCCAAGUACAGGGCACUGAACUUCCUUGGGACGACCGACUGGGCCAUCACGCUUGAUACCGAAGGGUUAGAGGCGCCGUCGCCAAUUACCAUUGGCCCGAAUGACACUUUCCCCGCUCCGCUGAACGCUGUUAUCCCACAACUGCACAAGUCCUGUGAGCCGUUCAAGAACAUCAUCUUGGAAGCUUGGAACGAGGCCGGUGAACUCACUACGGCGCCUCCCAAAUGGAGCCGCUGGAACAAGUACCAGAACGCUCUGAACACCUACCUUGGGCCUAGGUCUGGCCAGGUGCCCCUCGUCAACGACCACAUCUGGCGCAAUUUCCAGCGUCAUUACCAGGCACACUACGGUGGCAGCGGUUCCCAGCGUGGCUUGUACAACUACUACUACUGCGAUGUGAACGAGAUGCCCGAAAAGGUGAAGGACAAGAUCAGGCGAACGCCCUGCCCGUACAACGACAGAAGGAAGCGGGGCACAGCCGCCAUCACCUGGCGUUUCCCGGGCUCGGUUUGGUCCGAGUACUACACGCUCCUUUGCCCCUGGUGGUUAGGGACCAUACCCGGUGCCCCGGCGUUCAGCAGCCUGAAGAACGUCGCGAACGAGGGCGACUCGUUCGAGACGCUCAGGACGCAGAUCGACCGGUGGUCCAACAGCGUGCGCGCUGUCACGAUAUACCACGAGACCGCGCACUGGCAGGAUAUAUCGUGGCCGACCUGCGACGCCAAUGAGCUAUACGCACCGGAGGACAUUGCGUCCCACGCCAAGUACGGCGGUACCAACGGGUACGAGUUCAACCUCCGCAACGCCCAUUCCUGGACGUUGGCGUCCACAGCGAUGUGGAUGAUGCAGCGCUGGCGAAACAUCGGCGUGCCCAUGCCGAGAAAGCCUAUUCCCACCCAGCCCCCCACGGCGUGGGAGGAUACCGAGGACGGUGUUGGCGACGAUGAGACGUGGUUUGACCAGGUGGACUUGAGUUGUCGGUUUCCCUCCUUUUCCUACUUAUUACGACUAACGCCGCCGUCUGCACCGAAACGUAGUGAUUGUACCGAGGGCACGUACGACUUUGAAGACCAGUGUCUCUUAGUUUGCGACCAUGGAGAAGAGGGAAGCGCUUGCUCAAAGAACGCAGACGGCACCUGGGAGUGUAAAGGAUGCGACAAGACACCGACAUCGUGCACGGCUGGCUUGCACGACGGCUGGGAUGCCUGUUAUAGCAACUGCCUGAACGGGCUAUGCUCCGAGAAUGUGGGAGAGGACGGAAUCAGAUGCACCUGCUAACCGGCUUGGGUACGGCUACCACCAGUGGCGAUGCACAGUCAACAAGAUGAACAUCGAGAAUCACGUCUCUCGUUAUCUGGAGGAAAAGCAGAGGAACAAGCGACACUGUCUUUGGAUAACGCUAGUGCCCUGGACAGCUUCACAGAGCUAUCGUCUUUCUAGUUUCGCUUUAAUGAUUUCCUUAUGGGACCCGAGCGCAAAUCAUGAAACGGUCCACGCAUCUUACACAUUCGAUUACAUGUAGGUAUGCUAAGCCCCCGAGGUAUCAAUCAGACAGCCAUCCUGCAAACCAUCACCACAAAAC